AUUGUAUACAACAUAGCACAAGAUAACUUCACAUUUUUAUAUAAGAGAAAGACAAUUACACAGUAAGUGAAGUAAGAAGCAAAUGCCAUAGCAAACGUGAUGAUAGUGAGUUAAUUGGUAAUAAUGAGAAUAAUAAAUUGAGAAACUGGGGGGUUACUAUCAAGGUAGAAUCAGAUACUAUGCAUUUUUCUUAUGCAUACAGAGAACAAGUUUUAAACAUUGAGUUACUAAUAAGUUUGUCGUGUAUGAAUUAUGAAAUCAUGAACUUUUCAAACCGCUUGGUUUGACUAUGAAGACCUUGUGACCAAAACUAAGAUAUCGUUGAAGUAGUGAAUAAUUUAUUGAUUUACAACAUUCUCUUGACAAGUAAACAAGACAAUACUGUGAAAUACUUUUGAAAAGGGGAUAGUUUGUAUGAUCAGUGUAACCGGAUUUUACAGGAGCAAGUCAAAACGUUGAUAUAUACUAAGGUGAUUCAAAGCGUCUGCUCGUCCUUGACGCGUUCACACAUUGAAAAUUUUGGCUGGAGAACACAAAAUUCAUAGUUGAUGAGGAAAAAUGUUUUCUUUAUUUUUAAAUAUCUGGAUAAAUAAUACUUCAAACUUUUUUCCAUAGCCUCAUUUUUGAUACCAACACUUAUCAAUGAGAUGUUACUUUGGUUCACAGUUUCCCUACAAAAGUCAACAUAGAUAAUAAUCUUAAAUCUGUAAUUGUUAGAGUUUUCUAAAUCCAUCAUUUGUCAUAUGUAAUGCCCAGAUCCGUCUGAUUAUCAAAUAGAAUGAAUUAACUAGGUUUCUCCUUCUUGCUCAGCUGCAUCCAACUCUGAAUAUGCGUAUACUGUCAGUUACAAGUAGACUCUUUAUAAAUCCAUCUGUGAAGACAGAGAUCUCUUUUCCUUCUGAGUUCAACAACCAGAAAAUGAAAGUCGUAUUUCUUCUUAUAAUCCAGCAUUAAUUUGAUGGAUCAAUGAUAAUUAUUAAUUUUAUUAUUGAUGAAAAAAAUAUGAUAUAAAAUAUUGACUCUGAACUCAAUUCUCAUGUAUCCAAACGCUGUAUAGAAUUUUACUGAGUAUGAUUAUAACAUAAUUUAAUGUGAAUAUAAUACAUAUUAUGCUUACCUUUAAAUUUUUGUUAUUACUUAUACCAUCAUUUUUAUUGAUUACACAGAUAACACAUGUCAGUAUCGGGAUCCAAAUUUAGCGGUCGAUGACUUUUCAAGUCUUAUGACAAAUUUACGUCUUGCUCAGCUGGCUAUGCAUGCUAUUGGAAUAAUCAUCAUGUGUGUAUGCUUUAUCACUGCGCUUGCAUUAAUCAUCGUCUGGUAUAAAAAGAAUAUAGAGAGUAGAAGUUUUCAACUUUGGCGUCUGCUUAUAGGCAUAUUUCUUAUGCUAGCUGAUAACACAUGUCAGUAUCGGGAUCCAAAUUUAGCGGUCGAUGACUUUUCAAGUCUUAUGACAAAUUUACGUCUUGCUCAGCUGGCUAUGCAUGCUAUUGGAAUAAUCAUCAUGUGUGUAUGCUUUAUCACUGCGCUUGCAUUAAUCAUCGUCUGGUAUAAAAAGAACAUAGAGAGUAGAAGUUUUCAACUUUGGCGUCUGCUUAUAGGCAUAUUUCUUAUGCUAGCUGGAUUCUGUUUGCAAAGUGCAAUUAUUAUGUUCCAUGUUGAACAAUUUCAGGAUAAAUAUGGUAAAUCAUCAGGUCAUCCAUAUGGAUUUAAUCAGUGGUCUGAGAACAAAAUUAACAAAAAUCUUUACUGAAUUACUUCAUUAUUAUAGUUUGUUGAUAAUAUGUGAGAGGAAAUAUAGUUGGCAGUUGGAUUUGAACUAUUGACAAUCUGAUUUCUGGCUCGAUGCCAUAUCUUCUUAGCUGUAAUGCCCGGCUAUUUAUCAAGUUUCAUGUUCAUGAGGUAUACUAUCCUAAAUCUUAGGAAAUAUAACAAAAUUAUUUCAUUUUGGUAUAGUCUAUAAAAGAUCAGUUAGUUGACAGGUUGUUUUCAAUACAGACUAGCAGUAGAUAGAAAACAGGCUACGAUGAUGGACCACUGAACAGAUGCUUUUGUUAUAGUCAUUCAAAUCAUAUGUAGUGCUUAUGCAGAAUCCGAAACCUAAUCGACCUUAGGGUAGCCGGAUAUUGUCUUGAGCACGUUAUUGUUAAUCAAUGAGAUUAAUAAAAAUUACUCAUAUUUUGUUUAUUCAGUCUAUUUGUUUCUCUAUAUGAUGUGACUGUAGUUUAAAGUCAUAAGGAUGCAUUCAAAUCCCUUCAAAUACUAUCAAGUAUAGACUGAUGAAUUUUGAAGACUCAGAGAUAUUUUUCAAAAGUGUCUCUCUAAUGUAGUCGAACAGUCAGUAGAAGGCAGUAUCUACGGGUAAUCUGUUGCUAAAAUCCACAAUAUUAGGUUCUUAAUAUGCUGAACACAUGUUCAAAUAAAGUUAAAAAUUGACUGAAACGAUGUUUAGCCGAAUAAAACUUUUAAAAAAUAUUUUUAGUUAUUUUUCUUUACAGUUGUGGCAUGCAAUAAAUCAUUCUCUGAAAUUCAGUAUUGAAACAAGUUACUUCAUUAUACAAUGAUACACAGAAGGACAAGUAUAUGUAACUGAUGAUAUUCUGAUAGGAGUAAAUAGUUAUCCUGAUUAAGUCUAUUAGCCUUUAUCCGAUAUUACAGUCUCAUCAAUGGUGAGGAAAUUUACUUAGAGUUUAAAAUGAGUGUAGCAUGCUCUUAUGAAAUCAUUAUCUCAUCUUCAUCGAAGAAGAAGAAGAAGAAUAUCAUUUAGCUUAAGAAAAUCAUCCAACAGGCUUUUCUGAACUAAGUUUCAUAUUUUUCGGCAUUCAACUGCAAAGUGUUACCGCAAACUCUGGCAAGUUCAUCCUGUUUCAAAUCUAGAACAGUUCAGUUUCCUAAAGUUGUACAACCAUAUUUAUAAUUAAUGCAAACAAAUUACAGUCUAUUAUUAAUUAACAGGUUCAUGCAAUUACUACAGUCUGUAAGAAAAGAAUAAAAAGGUUGCUUUUAAAGACAGAAGGAAAGAAUUACUGUGGCCUUAGUAAGGCUAAUACGUACAGAUAAUACUUUUGACCACAAAGAUCAAGUUUAAGGUUGUGAAUUGAUAAUAGAUUUGGCAAGAAAUCGAUGAUGUAUAUGAGAUAAUUUGGUAUUCCAGAGAGCCACUCUGUAAAUUAUUUGAAAGAGCUACAGAUGAAGAAGUGUUCAAGAAUAAAACUGUUUAUACUAUUUUCUCCUCUUGAUCAGCAAGUUUUGAAACAUACACCGAAGCGAAGCACUGUCCAGGAUUCAAGUAAACAAAUGCCUUUUGCUAUUGAUCCACUCAAGAAAUAACUGAUAGUAAUAUGGUCUGUGUCCACCGCUGCCUUGUGAUCAAUGGAAACCACGUCAGGCAGUGCCUCACAUUUAAGUCCAAAGCUUCUGCUACAGCAGAAAUAGAUGGUUCUCUGAAUACACUUGUGGCAUAUAAUGAUCAUCAUUUGUUUGUUCGAAAAGUUUAUUCCAAAAGUGACUUUCUAUCCCACAGCCCACUCACUUAUGUAUUGAAGUCAUCUACUA